AUGCAGAUAAGCCACAGGCCCUCUUCAAUCAACUCAGCCCCGGGGAUCUCAGCUUCCCCGCCACGCCCACCCACGGAUCUCAGCUCUAGCCCCGCCACGCCCACCCACGGAUCUCAGCCCCGCCACGCCCACCCACGGAUCUCUCACCCCGCCCCGCUCUCAGCCCCGGGGAUCUCUCAGCCCACGGAUCUCUCAGUCUCAGCCCCGCCACGCCCACCCACGAUCUCUCAGCCCCGCCACGCCCACCCACGGAUCUCUCAGCCCCGCCACAUCUCAGCCCCGCCCACGCCCACGGAUCUCUCAUCUCAGCCCACCUCUCAGCCCACGCCCACGGAUCUCAGCCCCGCCACGCCACUCUCAGCCCCGCCACGCCCACCCACGGAUCUCAGCCCCGCCACGCCCAUCUCUCAGCCCCGCCACGCCCACCCACGGAUCUCUCAGCCCGCCACGCCCACCACGGAUCUCACCCCGCCACCCCACCCACGGAUCUCUCAGCCCCGCCACGCCACGGAUCUCUCAGCCCCGCCACGGAUCUCUCAGCCCCGCCACGCCAUCUCUCAGCCCCGCCACGCCCACCCACGGAUCUCUCAGCCCCGCCACCCCGCCACGCCCACCACGGAUCAGCCCCGCACGCCCACCCACGGAUCUCAGCCCCGCCACGCCCACCCACGGAUCUCAGCCCGCCACGCCCACCACGAUCUCUCAGCCCCGCCACGCCCACCCACGGAUCUCUCAGCCCCGCCACGCCACCCCACGGAUCUCUCAGCCCCGCCACGCCCACCCACGGAUCUCAGCCCCGCCACGCCCACCCACGGAUCUCUCAGCCCCGCCACGCCCACCCACGGAUCUCAGCCCCGCCUCGCCACACACGGAUCUCAGCCCGCCACGCCCACCCACGGAUCUCUCAGCCCGCCACGCCCACCCACGGAUCUCAGCCCCGCCUCGCCCACACACGGAUCUCAGCCCCGCCACGCCCACCCACGGAUCUCAGCCCCGCCCCCCCACCCACGGAUCUCAGCCCGCCACGCCCCACCCACGGAUCUCAGAUCUCUCAGCCCCCACGCCACCCACGCCAGCCCCACGGGAUCUCUCAGCCCCGCCACGCCCACCCACGCUCUCUCCCCCCGCCACGCCCACCCACGGAUCUCUCUCUCAGCCAGACGGGAAACGUACGGCGGCCCUGUCAGAAUGCACGCGGCAAGACCACACACUCGCAAUCGCGUCGAGAACAAAGCCUGUCAAGCACGGGGACGUCUACGGUGCGAGGAAGCCGUGACAUGA